AUGAGCAUCUACCUGGCAGCUUCUCUCGCUCUGCUUCACUUCCUUGGAUUCCUCUUGGGAUGGCUCCUCCUUCACUAUUAUGGUGGAACAAUAAUACACCUGAUAGAGCUUGCUAGGGAAAUUGGCUUUACGGCGUGUGUAACAUUCUUCAAGGAAGCAGAGCGAGCAAGGAGAAUGAAUAGCGCCGGAGGCGACCGACGUAAACGUUCCUAUGGUGCUGUUACGUUUUAA